CGGAGAGGAAGGAACCCCCUGCAGGCUUGGGGGAUCCAGAGCCGAGUGUGCCCCCAAAGGGCACAAGGAAGCCGUCCGCACUUGGGCUUCCCCCACCCCCGGCGUCUGGCGGGCUAGGAGCGACCAGUCCUAGCCCGGCGGCUCCGGCCCUACCCGUCGCAGGAUUUGGGGCGCGCUGUUUUGGUUCCUUGGCUUGUUUUUGCGGGAGGGUGCUCGGAAGCCCGAUUGCCCCCAGAAACACGGAGUUAGCGAGUCCCCGAGCGGAGGCUCCGGACUGCACCCGCAUCGCGGACCUUCGGGCCCUCGACCGAGGCCUUUGUGCUGGCGGGAAGGCUUGCCCGCGGUGCCUCGCCGGCAUCUCUCCCACAGCUACCGGUUCCUUUUCCGGCGUCCGCCCACUGCCUUGGUCUGGAAGGGGGACGCCUGAGGACCAGGGCUGGACCUCUCCUCCACCCGCCACUUCAGGCCCGUGUGUGGGCAGCGAAUGCUGGUAGCCUGGAUGUGUUUUGUUCAUUGAACUCGUCCUCAAGUUUCUCAGAAGAGGAUCCAAUUAGUUUGUUAAACUUUAUCCCACUCGUGCAUGAGGCUCCGAAAUGUACUUAGGUACCACUUGGAAGUUAAAUAUUACUGAGAUGGAAUUCAGAAUUCAUACAUUUACAUCAGACGUUGGCACAGAAAAAAAAUAGAAGUAAAGACGGACAAUUCUUGGUGUUUGGCAUUGAGAAAUUACACUUUGUGUUAUCGCAGUGUUUGGCAGAAUACAGGGCAAUCAAGCAUCAGAAGAUGUUAAAUUGAUUACCAACCUAGUUCAGCAUCUUACAAGAAAAGCAUAAUGUUUCUUAAAGGGCUAUGAGUGUAACAGGAAGUUGUUAUUGACUGUGAAUUAGAUUUGAACUUGUCUCUGAACAGCUACAGGAUUUCAGAAGCUGAAUCAAUGUUAUCAGAUGAGUUAGAAUCCAAACCAGAGCUCCUGGUUCAGUUUGUUCAGAAUACCUCCAUCCCCCUGGGACAAGGGCUAGUAGAAUCAGAAGCUAAAGACAUUACUUGCUUAUCCCUCCUUCCAGUGACCGAGGCCUCAGAAUGCAGUCGACUAAUGGUACCAGAUGAUGCUUCAAAUCAUACUAACUCCUCCAAGGAGGUCCCUUCUUCAGCUGUUUUGAGGAGCCUUCAGGUGAAUGUGGGCCCAGACGGGGAGGAGACAAGGGCUCAGACUGUACAGAAGUCCACAGAAUUUCUGUCUACUCCAGAGUCGCCUAGCUUGUUGCAAGAUCUACAGCCAAGUGAUAGCACUUCUUUUAUUCUCCUUAACCUAACAAGAGCAGGUCUGGGCUCUUCAGCUGAGCACUUCGUGUUUGUGCAGGAUGAGACAGAGGAUCCGGGCAAUGACUUCCUCUCUAGUGAGAGCACCGACAGCAGUAUCCCAUGGUUCCUCCGGGUCCAGGAAUUGGCCCAUGACAGUUUGAUUGCUGCUACUCGUGCACAGCUGGCAAAGAAUGCAAAAACCAGCAUCAAUGGAGAAAAUGUCCACCUUGGUUCUGGUGAUGCGCAACCCAAAGACUCUGGGCCCCUUCCUCAAGUGGAAAAGAAGCUCAGGUGCACAGUUGAAGGCUGUGACCGGACAUUUGUGUGGCCAGCUCACUUCAAGUACCACCUUAAAACUCAUCGAAACGAGCGCUCCUUCAUCUGCCCUGCAGAAGGCUGUGGGAAAAGCUUUUAUGUGCUACAGAGGCUAAAGGUGCACAUGAGGACACACAACGGCGAGAAGCCCUUCAUGUGCCAUGAGUCUGGGUGUGGUAAGCAGUUCACCACAGCUGGAAACCUGAAGAACCACCGUCGCAUACACACGGGAGAGAAGCCUUUCAUUUGUGAAGCCCAGGGAUGUGGCCGAUCAUUUGCUGAGUAUUCAAGCCUCCGGAAACACCUGGUAGUUCACUCAGGAGAGAAACCUCAUCAGUGCCAAGUUUGUGGCAAGACCUUUUCUCAGAGUGGGAGCAGAAAUGUGCACAUGAGAAAGCAUCACUUGCAACUGGGAGCAGCUGGGACUCAAGAACAGGAACAAACUGCUGAGCCAUUAAUGGGCAGUAGUUUGCUUGAAGAAGCUUCAGUACCCAGUAAAAACCUGGUGUCUAUGAAUCCCCAGUCCAACCUUGGUGGAGAGUCCUUGAAUCUACCAAAUACCAAUUCUAUUCUUGGAGUUGAUGAUGAGGUGCUCACUGAAGGGUCCUCACGCCCCCUGUCUUCAGUGACUGAUGUGACACAUCACUUGGCGACCAUGCAGUCGGGGAGGCAGUCCUAUGAAGUUUCUGUCUUAACUGCAGUAAAUCCACAGGAGUUACUAAGCCAAGGAGAUUUAACUGAAAGACAGACAUGACUGCUGGCUCCUAGAGGAGGAGAUCUAUCUGACCCGAGAGUGCAUGAUGGGAACAGAUCCAAAGGCUCACAUUCUGCCAGAACUAAAAUGAAUCUGUGAAGGACAAAGACCUCGCCUUGCCUGUGUUCAUCCCCCUGGCAAAGAAGAGGGGUGUCUGAGGGCUUCCGUCCAACCCCAUCCGGCCCAAACAGAGUGAGGCAGUGACUAUGGGCUGGACACCUGUAGCUGCUUCUCUUCCUCCCGCAAAGCUUUGGGCAGACUUCUCUCAAAAGCGAGUUUAAUGGUGUGUUGAAUGAAGAUUCUCAUUGACUGUUCAGGUUUUCCUUCAAAGAGUUUUCAUCCUAGACCCCCAGCUGUCUUUUCAUGUUGUUGAAUCAUGUCCUGCUUCCAACCACAGAACUUCACCAGGACAUUGAAUUUUCAAGAUGCCUUGUUGCUUUGAAGAAGGGAGUGAUGCCAGUUACGCUGUGGCAUUCUUCCCUUAGCAACCUGAGUAAGAGACUCUCAGCCAUUGGGCUGUAAAAAUAAAUUACUUGAAUCUCCCUUG